AAAUCGGAACGAACAUAACAAAAGAAGAAAAAAGAAAAAACUCAAUAGAUAGCCUUGAAUGGCGUGCCUAUAACUCCUAUCUUUCUGCAGGAAGGCGGGCACAUGGUUCAUUCGUGUUCUUUUACCAGUUCAGAUCGCCGCUUCACCAUUUUCUCACGGGUUUGAAAGUUCUUAGUUACCUCCAUCGCUCUCCUUUUUCUCCGUUGUCGUGCUCCGAUUAUUAAAAUACGAAGGUGGUUACAAUUCUCAAGCUCACUUCAGCGUCGUUGCUUCUAUCUACUUGAUCAUGACGGUUGACACCAAGAUGAAUCGCGAAGAUGAUAAGGACAAGAAUGCAAGAAGUGCUUACUUCGGUUCACCGGCCCUGGAUGUUUCUGUUGCGUUCCCUCAAGCAACUGCUGCAUCUGUCUUUCCUCCUUCCGUAUCGGACUACUAUCAGUUCAACGACCUAUUGACUCCUGAGGAGCAAGCUCUCAGAAAAAAAGUGAGACAGUGCAUGGAAAAAGAAAUUGCUCCAAUUAUGACAAAGUAUUGGGAGAAGGCAGAGUUUCCAUUUCACGUUAUCCCAAAGCUUGGUAACUUGUGCAUUGCUGGUGGUACGAUCAAGGGUUAUGAGUGUCCUGGUAUGACUAUUACUGGAAGUGCUAUUGCUACUGCUGAAGUAGCGAGAGUUGAUGCAAGUUGUUCCACUUUCAUCCUGGUGCAUUCAUCCCUGGCAAUGCUCACUAUAGGUAAGUAUUUUGAAUUACCUCUCAGUUAUCAUACUCUUGGAACUGUACGUUAUCGUACAA